AUGCCUAGAUCAAAUACACACUUCGAUGAGGAGAGGCAGCAAUUCUAUACCACCAUGCAAUUUCAUGGACGCACAGUUAAACUGUACCUAGAUAAUGGAAGUGGUGCCUGGGGACCUGGAACCAUAGGUUCUAAAUACACCGACUAUUAUUAUGACCCUGGCAACAGGGCCUCCCAGCGGAACAAAGUAGAAUUGCGAGAAGAGACGUGCAUGAUGGCUCAGGCUCACACCAACGUCUGA